UCCUCUCUCACUCCCUGCCGGUUCAGGGAGAGCCAAGCUGUGGGUCGCUGACCGCAUCUCCUCCUCCUCCGCCGCCGCCGCUAACUACGUUGUCGACGGCCUAUUUUAUCCGCCGCGACCCCGAAUUUUUACUCUUUUUUUUUCCUUCCUGGGAAAUACAUUUUCCUCCCUUUCCCCCCCCCUCCCUUUUUUUUGCAAAGCCGCUGCGCCCAUUUUCUUUCUUCGCUCUCUCGCCUCUUUUUUUGCCCCCCCCCCCGCCUUAACCUCCUUCCUCCUCCUCCUCUUUCGCGCGGCACAAUGCGGCUGAAAGGCCGGGGAUGCUGCGCCGGGAGCAGCAGAGGCGACGGCGAUGGAGAGGAGGAGGAAGGCAGCGGGGAAGGACGCGGGCCGCCCCCUCCGCCCAUGCGGAGCCCCUUCGCGCACCGGCUGCACUUCAGCGCCUUCCAGAAAGCAAAGAUUGUCUUCAUGACCUUGACACUGUUCCCCAUCCGGCUGUUUUUUGCUGCGUUUAUGAUGUUGCUGGCUUGGCCUUUUGCCUUCAUUGCCUCAAUAGGAUCUGCUGAAAAACAGCUAGAAAAACCGAUAUCGUGGUGGCGAAAAAUUAUUGAUUUCUUGCUGAAGGCAAUUAUGAGGACAAUGUGGCUUGCUGGUGGAUUUCAUUGGAUAAAUGUGAAGGGCAGACAGGCAUUGCCCACUGAAGCAGCAAUUCUGACGCUGGCUCCACAUUCGUCGUAUUUUGAUGCAAUACCAGUGACAAUGACUAUGGCUUCCAUUGUUAUGAAAGCUGAAAGCAAAGAUAUUCCUGUGUGGGGAACUUUAAUUAAAUACAUUCGACCUGUAUUUGUAUCUCGAUUGGAUCAGGAUUCCCGCAGAAAAACUGUUGAGGAGAUAAGACGGCGCGCUCAGUCUAAUGGCAAAUGGCCACAGAUAAUGAUAUUCCCAGAAGGAACCUGUACUAAUCGAUCCUGCCUAAUUACAUUCAAACCUGGAGCGUUUAUCCCUGGAGUACCUGUGCAACCAGUGAUCUUACGUUAUCCAAACAAGCUGGAUACGAUUACAUGGACAUGGCAAGGUCCAGGAGCGUUGACAAUUCUGUGGCUUACCUUAUGUCAGUUUCAUAACUUCGUGGAAAUAGAGUUCCUACCUGUGUAUAUACCUUCUGAAGAGGAAAAGAAAAACCCAUCUUUAUACGCGAACAAUGUGAGGCGUGUAAUGGCAGAGGCUUUAGGAAUUUCAAUAACAGACUAUACUUUUGAAGAUUGCCAGCUGGCUUUGGCCGAAGGACAACUCCAACUCCCAUCAAAUACCUGUCUCUUAGAAUUUGCAAAACUUGUAAGAAAUCUUGGGUUAAAGCCAGAAAAACUUGAAAAAGAACUUGAUGCAUACUCAGAAAGAGCUAGGAAACUGAAAAACAAAAAAGUCACUCUCAAGGAAUUUGCAGAGUAUUUGAAAAUCCAAGUUUCAGAUAUGUUAGAAAAUAUGUUUGCACUUUUUGAAGAGAAGGAAGAUGGCCUGAUUGACAUACGAGAAUAUGUAACAGCUUUGUCGGUAGUCUGUAGACCGUCCAAAACAUUGCAAACAAUGCAGUUGGCUUUUAAGAUGUAUCAAUCAGAAACUGGUGGUAUUACAGAACAAGAGUUAACUUCCAUCCUGAAGAGCGCCAUGGGAGUUUCAGACCUGAAUGUGUCCAAUCUUUUUAAAGCUAUAGAUGAUAAAGAAAAAGGGGAAAUUGCAUAUGAUGAUUUCCUUUAUUUUACUGAAAUGUUCCCAAACUUCGCUGAAGAGUACCUCUAUCCUGAUCAAAUGGAGUCUAAAAGUUAUUUGGAAACUCCUGCUCCUAAUGGAUUCUGUGCAGAUUUCAGCCCGCAAAUUACUGAAAAUAGAAGAAAUUCCCUACAGAAAAAAAUGAAUUAAUAUUAAUAAUUCCGUCAUCCUCUUGUGGUGAGAGGAGUAUGUCCUAUCUAGGGCUUUUCAUAGUCACGCAACUAUAUAUCCUGAAGUAUGUGAGAAGGCUGGAUGUGUGGAUGUGUGAGAAAGAAAUAAAGAGAGAAAGAAAGAAAGAGAAAGAAAGAAAGAAAGAAAGAAAGAAAGAAAGAAAGAAAGAAAGAAAGAAAGGCGUGUAUGAAUAUUUUACUGCAUUAAUGAGCAUCUUUGGCUUCCUAUUGGAAAGAUCACUUUUUCCAUCAGCAACUUGGAAAGUAAAGAAUGUAAACAAACUUUAAUUUGUAUACUUAAAAACAAGAUGCUUGCAUAUUUAUAUUCAUUGUUUGAGUUCAUGUACAAACUGUCCUACAAAGUGUGCAUGUGAAAAAAAAAUACUGUAGCUCCUAUGGUGUCAAGUGCACUUCGGUGAUUAGUGUUAUCCCUAUUUAGGGAAUUCUUUGUCGGCCAGAUUCUGCUUUCCUUUUUUACGAGGCAACAUUGACCGCAAGCUCAAGUUUCACCUUUUUCAUUGUAACCUAGUAGGUAGCUAAAGGGGGGGGGGGGAGUAUGCAAAAAUAUUUUUACCUAGGGAAUUGUUUUUAUUGUGUUUCCUAGUAAAAUGACCUUUUUUGAACUUUUAAAUCCAUCUUGAUAUCGAAAAGAAUAAGGGAAGUUAUCAAGGAUUGUGUGCAUUUUGUGCUAAAAACCCAGAUUUUAGCACAGAAAGGCAGAUUUUAUACUUCAGAAAAGCUGAAUUCCAAAGUCCCUCUCUCAAUCCUAUGAAUUAGAUAAUAUUUCUGUAUUUCAUGUUGAUUGGCUUAUGGGUAAAGGAAGGUGAACACAUGCAAAAAAAAAAAAUAUGGAUGCAGACCUAAGAAACACUGCCUCUGACAAUUGGAAAUUCAGAUCGUUCUCAGCCUUAAGAACUAGAAACAUGCCUUUUUAAAGUUUAAAAUUCUCAGGAUAGCAAAAUCUGCACUUAAAUUAGAACUCCUAUAUUUCUGGGUGGAUCAUGGAAUACACACAGCCUUGCUAUUUCCCUGUCUUCUCUGUCACUGCUGCAUUUGAGUGUUCUAGGCAAUGAUAAAGGGUCAUUUAAAAAGCAGUUUCAAUGGCUUUUUGCACAGAAUAAAAUUUUCUAUUGAACAGGCAUAAAAUAAACUUGCUGCAUUAUAAAUUGCUAAUAAUUACCAUAUAGUUUAUUACAGGUUACCAGUUUUAGCUAUAUGAUUUUGACUGAAAAGAUUUUUUUUUUGGUACUAAAUCUGAUUUUUUAAAUAUAAUUCCUGACUUUGUAACUACUUUUCACUGAGAAAUUACAGGUUUGCAAAAUGUUUUAAUAUGAAACAGUUGUUUCAGUUUCGAAGUGGGCUGUUCAGCUAUUCUAGAAAUGAAUUUCAGUCUCGAAACGGAAGUGUGAUAAGGUCAGAAUGGCCUGCUUCAGAGUCAGAACAACUGUUUCAAACUCAAAAUGAAGCAUUUUACGCUAAAAAGAUCUCGAAUUCAAGUUACUUUGCACUAGUUAUGUAUGGUGAAAACCAAGUAACCUGGCUCUCUCAAGACACUAAUGUUAAUACUGUUUACUACAACUUGACAUAAAAGCUGGCUUACUGGCUUAUUACAUUUUAAUUAUGAAUCUCUUUCGUUCCGUAACCAAUAGGAUCAUAUAAUUUUGAAUAACUUUUUAGAUUACAUAAUUUUUUUUAAAUGUGCUCAUAUGUUUACGAAAUCCUAGAAAAUACAUAUACAUUGCUUUCAUCUAGUCCUAAAAAACCUUCCCUCUUAAUCUAGUCUAUGGGAUACAUUUAUCACUAUUUAUUCUUCCCACUAAUUCUAUUUAUUUCCCAGGAAUUCGAUCACAAUCUUUUACCAAAGUAACUCUCUAAUCUCUAAGCCACAAAAUACUUUAUUUCUACUCUGGAUGCUUUCAUUAUAAAUGAUUAUUCUAUACAUGAACAUCCACAAAAACAUUUUAAUGCAAGCAUUUAAUUUGGUGCAAUAACUAAAUUUAGAUUUUAAUAUAAUCAUAGACUAAUUGAAGUUAAAAAAAAACCCAUCAAUAUACAGUAUAUCUGACACAUAGAUAAAGGAGAAUUUAAAAAAAUAUUUUUUAAAAAAGCUAAUUCUGUUUUGAGACAUGUUUUAUUACAGCUCUUCUGGCAGUGUGGUUUUUCAAGAGUUGAGGAACAUUUGAAGAUGUAAUUUUUUCAGAAUUCAAAAGCAGCUAUUUCUUUCCAAGUAAACUAAAUAAAUAUUCUAAAGAAAUAAGAUUGCUGAUUUAUUUAUAUGCCUGUUCUGUUUAGUUAUAAUAGUCUGUUAAUUGGCAUAAAGAUAGUACUGCCUCUUUUAAAUCUGAAUAUCUGUGCAAAAAGCUUUUUUGAAAUUAGUAGGUUAGUAUAUUUCAAGUUUGGGACCAAAGAAUUUUUUUUCCUUUAGGUUGAUAGAGCUGCUGUGAUCACUUCAGGCUUUCUACUUUUAGUGGGAGCAGCUUUUGAUAGAUUUUUAGACUGACUGUGGGAUAAUGACUAUAUUAAUAUAGAGUCCUACUGUGCAAGUAAAUGCCACAACAUUUUUAUAUUUCCUGCUAUCAUUUCUAUGUUAAUGUAGGGGUGGCUUGUUUUCAUAAUGUUUCAAAACAUAAAGGUUUUUACAUAUAGUAGCAGGAAUGGAUCUCUUGCUAUCAAGUUGCUUUUAUUUUGCUAAUAAUGCUUUUUUUGAAGAGCAUAUAGAGAAGGAGGUUUUUAAAAAACCAAGUCCUCCUCAGAGAUUUUCAAAGCUGAAAUCUAUUUAGAAUUUGAAAUAUAUAAUAUCUUCUAUUUUAAAAUUAUUUGGGUAAAAUUGGAUAAGGAUAAUGCAGAUGAAGGCUAUGUUCAAUAGUAUUACUGUGGACUUAGCCACAAAAUGAUGCUUAUUCUUUUGUUUUACCCACUUUGCCAAACUAGAUUACAGUUUUGUGAUGAUAUGGAUGAUUGUUGCAUAAAUGAUUCUUAGCUGAAGUAAUCUAAUACAUCUAUAAGUCUGGUCCUGCCUCCCUUCUGUUCAGUGAGUUAAACCAGUUUCUGCAAAGUAUCAGUAAUUGAAAGUGCUGUUUUUCCUUAAAACCAAAAUACUGAUUUUAAAGAAACCUCAAUCUCAGAAUUCCAUUCAUCUUGAAAAUAGUGGUAAUACAUUAUUCUCAAUCAUUUCUCUUAAUAGUGAAUAUAUUGUUGAUUCUGGUUGUUGAUUCUUAACUUGCCAAAGCAGGGUGAUCCAAUUUCAAGAAAGGAAAGAGGAAGAUAAAGAAAUACUCUGGUAUAGAUAAUGCUGUUAGGUGGGACAGAUAAAACAAAAUUAUUGUCUAAUAAUUGGGCCUAGCUAGCUGACCUAUAGGAACCCAUAACUUAAUAACAUCUUGUCAAAGGCCUCAUUUGCAAUUCACGAAGGCCACCACAUUUAUCACCAGCAUCACUUCCUUAUAUGUAAGAAAGAAUUCUACAGUAGUACAGUUGAAUAGGAAAUGCAGCUCCUUUUACCUUGAGGAACUCUUAAAAUUUUAAAAUCUGUAAUAAGCAGAAUUAAUGGGAAGGCAUUAUGUAGGAAACUUUUGCUUGAGGAAUUUCGAGUAGAGAGCUACAAAGUUUAUCAGAAUGCUUUAUUAUAUACUCAAAGAAUCAGGUUCCAUGGUAGGAAAGCAAAAAGGCUGAUAGAAAAGAUAUCCCCUUGCUAAAUUUUGUAUUAUUAUUCUUGUUUCUCUAUUUUACCAAAGGCCUUGAAAAAACAAAAUAAUAUGCCAAGGCCCAGGACUUGUGCCAGCUCAAUUAUCUGAAGAGAAAUUCAGAGAACAACUAUCAUCUACUUCACAGUCAACUAACAGUGAGAUAUAAAUAUCGGGAUUGCAUUCUGCUUCCUCGUCCCGUUGAUUCCUAUUAAGGCACAGAAAGCUUUCCACCAUAUGGGAUGUUUUAUUGCAUUCUCUCUGUGAUUUAUAUUAUGGGUUAGGCAUCCGUGCAGACCCUGUCCAAGCAGCCAAGAGAUAUAAAAUUUCAAAAAGGAAUGCCGUUUUUUUUCUGCAGCAUCGCACAUCACUCGAUCCACACUAACUCCUCUCAUUACAUUUUUGUAACCACAGUAAUUAGCUUCUCUCCCAGAUUUUUCACUGAACCCCCAAAUACUUUUCUGUUUCCAUUUAGUAUUCCCAUUUCUAUUUUGCCUUGUGAGGAGCAUGUGCAAAAUGUUAUUGUCCCCCUCAUGCACAGACUUUUCAGUAUCUCUCUUUGGUCAUGAAGAUCCUAUUCCACAAUUUGUUGUAGAAGGAAAAUUCGCUCUUCAGAUCAAUUUUUUUUUGUAUCUUGGGAAAGGUGAUACAGUAAACAGUAAAUAUUGCCAAACGGACAGAUUCAGGAUAACCAUUUGUCUUGGUUGUGAAUUUUCCUUGAGAACAAGCAUGUGGAUGGCAGAUUCUGGCAUUUCGUCCUCCACUUAAAACCGGUUCACCCACAAAACCGCGCUCGACUAAACCGCGCUCGACUAAACCGCGCCCCAGACGUCAUCAACA